GCCUCGGGCCGGGCCGGCAGGGCGCAGAGGGCCGGGCUGCGCCCUCCCGUCGUCGCCUUCCCGCUCACCUCUCACGCCCCACCCCGUGGUCCUCUAAGACGGCCGGUCUGGACCCUGCCCGGGAGGCUGCCAUGGCAUUCCCCCACCUGCAGCAGCCCAGCUUCCUGCUGGCUAGCCUGAAAGCCGACUCUAUAAAUAAACCCUUUGCACAGCGGUGCCAAGACUUGGUUAAAGUCAUCGAGGACUUUCCAGCAAAGGAGCUGCAUGCCAUCUUCCCGUGGCUGGUUGAGAGCAUUUUUGGCAGCUUGGACGGCGUCCUGCCUGGGUGGAACCUCCGCUGCUUGCAGGGCCGCGUGAGCCCUGUGGAGUACAGCAUCGCCAUGGAGUUCCUAGACCCCGGGGGCCCAAUGAUGAAGUUGGUUUAUAAACUUCAAGCUGAAGACUAUAAAUUUGACUUUCCUGUCUCUUACCUGCCUGGCCCCGUGAAGGCAUCCAUCCAGGAGCGUGUGCUCCCUGACAGCCCACUGUACCACAACAAGGUCCAGCUCCCCGCAACCGGGGGCCUUGGCCUGCACCUGGCCCUCAAUCCAUUUGAGUAUUACAUGUUCUUCUUUGCUUUGAGCCUCAUCACUCAAAAGCCGCCCCCGGGGGCCCUCCACGUCCGCACUUCAGACUGCGCCUAUUUCAUCCUGGUGGACAGGUACCUGACGUGGUUCCUGCCCACAGAAGGCAGCGUGCUUCCCCCUCUCUCCUCCAGCCCGGGGGGGCCCAGCCCAUCACCGGCUCCCAGGACGCCAGCCGUGCCUUUUGCGUCCUACGGCCUGCACCACACCAGCCUCCUGAAGCGACACAUCUCUCAUCAGACGUCUGUGAAUGCAGACCCCGCCUCCCACGAGAUCUGGAGGUCGGAGACGCUGCUCCAGGUUUUUGUUGAAAUGUGGCUUCAUCAUUAUUCUUUGGAGAUGUACCAAAAAAUGCAGUCCCCUCACGCCAAGCUGGAGGUCCUGCACUACCGACUCAGUGUCUGCAGCGCCCUCCACAGCCCUGCCCAACCCAGCCUCCAGGCCCUCCACGCCCACCAAGAGUCCUUCAUGCCCACCGAGGAGCAUGUGCUGGUGGUGCGGCUGCUGCUGAAGCACCUGCACGCCUUCGCCAACAGCCUGCGGCCCGAGCAGACCUCGCCCUCCGCCCACUCCCACGCCGCCAGCCCCCUGGAGGAGUUCAAACGGGCCGCCGUCCCGAGGUUUGUCCAGCAGAAGCUCUACCUCUUUCUGCAGCACUGCUUUGGCCACUGGCCCCUGGACGCAUCAUUCAGAGCUGUCCUGGAGAUGUGGCUGAGCUAUCUGCAGCCCUGGAGGUAUGCACCCGAGAAACAGGCCCCGAGCAGUGACUGCCAGGCCCGGAGUGUGUCAGAGAGAUGGGCGCCCUUCGUGCAAGAGAACCUGCUUGUCUACACCAAGCUCUUCCUGGGCUUCCUGAGCCGCGCACUGCGCACGGACCUCGUCAGUCCUAAGAACGCACUCAUGGUGUUCCGUGUGGCCAAGGUCUUCGCGCAGCCAAACCUGGCUGAGAUGAUCCAGCGGGGCGAGCAGCUGUUCCUGGAGCCCGAGCUGGUCAUCCCCCACCGCCAGCACCGGCUCUUCACGGUGCCCACGUUCACCGGCAGCUUCCUGUCGUCAUGGCCACCAGCCAUCACCGAUGCCUCCUUUAAGGUGAAGAGCCACGUGUACAGCCUGGAGGGCCAGGACUGCAAGUACACCCCAAUGUUUGGGCCCGAGAUCCGGGCACUGGUCUUGCGUCUGGCUCAGCUCAUCACGCAGGCCAAGCAGACGGCCAAGUCCCUCUCUGACCAGUAUGGGGAGAGCACGGCCGCCCGUCCCUUCCUGUCGUGGCUGGGCUUCUACCCCGCGGACACCAAUGGCUCCUACCCGGGCAACGACCUGGACGAGAUGGGGCAGGAUAGCGUCCGCAAGACGGAUGAGUACCUGGAGAAGGCCCUGGAGUACCUGUGCCAAGUGUUCCGGCUCAGUGAGGCCCAGCUCGCCCAGCUCACGCUCGCCCUGGGGACCACGCAGGAUGAGAACGGGAAGAAGCACCUCCCAGACUGCAUCGUGGGCGAGGAUGGACUCAUCCUCACGCCCCUAGGCAGGUAUCAGAUCAUCAAUGGGCUUCGGCGCUUUGACAUCGAGUACCAAGGGGACUCGGAGUUGCAGCCCAUCCGGAGCUACGAGAUUGCCAGCCUGGUCCGAGUGCUCUUUCGACUGUCCUCCGCCAUCAACCGCAGGUUUGCAGGUCAGAUGGCGGCCCUGUGUUCACGGGCCGACUUCCUUGGCAGCUUCUCUCGCUACCACCUCCUGGAGCCUGGGCUGUCGGACAGGCACCUGCUGAGCCCCGUGGGGCGGGGGCGUGCGGCCAGCCUUGCCCGGGGCCCCCGGCUCAGCCUGCGCUUCCUGGGCAGCUACCGCACGCUGCUGGCCCUGCUGCUGGCCUUCUUCGUGGCCUCUCUGUUCUGCAUCAGGCCCCCGCUCUGUGCCCUGCUCCUCGUGCUGGGCUAUGUCCUCUACGCCGUGGCCAUGACGCUGCUAACCGAGCAGGGCAAGCUGCACCAGCUCUGACUGUGGGCUGGCCACCGCCCCCAGGCGCCGGGGAGGCCACUUUGCACCCAUUACCUGUCACCUUCGUGCUUCCAGGCGGCAUUUUCUUGCAGCCCUGGAACCAUCUGAAGAAAACCUGAAAUG